AUUGGCAGAAUCCACGUGCCUAUCACUGUCCUUGGGCUGCUAUUAUUCACUCAAUAACUCUGUCAAGAGGUACCUUGCCAGGAGCAUGCUGUAAUCGGCAGUUCUGGGUCAAACCAGAAGUACUUUUACCAGGAAUUUCUGAAUGUUUUACCCUGUGCCUCUCGACUCAAGCUCUCUGAAUGCCGCAUUAGUGGACACAGUGAAACAGACGAGCAGAGGUAGGAGCCUGGUUUGAGAGCCACUCUCCCGAAUUAAUAUGCGAAGUUUGCUGGAGGUGGGGAUACACAACGCUUACCCAGAGGAGCAUUGGGAGGAACGUGGCUUGAUCUCCCUCUUGUGGAAAAUUAUUGGAACUAUAUUCUUGUGAUACUGAAGAAAAAAAGUCCAGCAUCCACCAGGAAACAAAUGAUGGCAGCCGUUACCAUGCCACCUGAUGCUCUUGUCAGCCCUCAAGGAAAUGAAGAGAUGGACUCUCUGAUUGUACUGCAUUAUAAUUACACAGGAAAGCUUAUUUUAAGGGAAAAGGCAACUGAUAAAAUAGACCUGCCCACUAUUUCAUUUCUGAUCCUAUGUAGUUUCAUAGUCCUGGAAAACUUGAUGGUGUUGAUUGCCAUAUGGAAAAACAAUAAAUUUCACAACCGCAUGUACUUCUUUAUUGGCAAUCUAGCUCUCUGUGAUCUUUUAGCUGGGAUUGUUUACAAAGUAAACAUUCUUAUGUCUGGGAAGAAAACUCUGAGCUUGUCCUCCACAAUCUGGUUCAUUAGGGAAGGUAGCAUGUUUGUUGCUCUGGGAGCUUCAACGUUCAGUUUGCUAGCGAUAGCUAUUGAGCGGCACUUGACCAUGAUUAAAAUGAGGCCUUAUGAUGCAAAUAAAAAAUACAGAGUGUUCCUUCUCAUUGGUACAUGCUGGCUUAUUUCAAUUUCCUUGGGCGCCCUCCCCAUCCUUGGCUGGAACUGCAUAAACAACUUACCAGAUUGCUCAACAAUUUUGCCUCUGUACUCCAAAAAGUAUGUUGUGUUCUGCAUUAGCAUCUUCAUAGCCAUUUUGGUUGCCAUUGUCAUCCUUUAUGCCCGUAUCUACAUACUGGUGAAGUCCAGCAGUCGUAAUGUCACCAACCACAAUAACUCGGAGCGGUCCAUGGCACUCCUUAGGACUGUUGUGAUCGUUGUCAGUGUCUUCAUUGCAUGCUGGUCUCCACUGUUCAUCCUGUUCCUCAUCGAUGUGGCCUGCAGAGUCAAGGAGUGCUCCAUCUUGUACAAAGCCCACUGGUUUAUUGCUCUGGCGGUCAUCAAUUCCGCAAUGAACCCCAUCAUCUACACCCUGGCCAGUAAGGAAAUGCGUCGGGCUUUCUUUCGCCUUGUUUGUGGCUGCCUGGUGAAGUCCAAGGUGGCCAGAUCUUUGCCAAUCCAACACACUCCAGAUCACAGUCGAAGUAAAUCCAGCAGCAGCAAUACCCAGAAGCCAAAGGAAGAUUUCCCACCAAUAAAUGUCCCCUCAUGUAUUGCUGAGAAAAAUGAAUCUUCAUUUCACAACGGAAACUUCUGUAAAUAAAGGACUCCUUGAGACAAGUACUUUCCUGUGGUUUUUAGGUUUAAGCUACAAGUGUAGUUUAAAUAUUCAUGCACUUCAGUCACAGGGGAAAACACUAACCAUUUAUUUAACUUUGAGAACUUGUUUAUCAACAAUCAUUUGCUUUGGGUGUUCAUUCAGUAAUGCACCUGAUUCAGAAAAAGCCUUUCAUGCUACCCAGGGGCCAGGACAGAGUCCAUGCACAGCUAAGGACAUCACGUGCCACAAUGGUGUUGCAUGCUAAGGCUUCAUUUGGCACCUCCUGAUCUUGCAAGACGUCACUAAAACCCGUUGGAAACUUCAGCAUUCACUAAAGACUGCUGACGAUUGUGAGAUGAGCCUGAUUACUGUCAACUGGGGGAAGAAUUCAUUGCAUAAGUCAGUUAUUAUAGUUCUCUGUAUGUACCUUGCUGUUCUAUAAAUGGCCUUAUAAGUAUGUGGUAUAAAUAGCUGUUUAUUUGUACAAUUUCUCAUUAAAAAGUCAUUGAUUGGUAAAAGUUUACAACAUGCUAAACAUUGUAUUGCAGCAUACAGAGUGACUAAUUGUACAAAUAGAUGCGUUUUGAUGGGGAUAUUUAAAAUGAAGUAGUAGCUUUUAACUGACAGAAACUUUAGCAAGUCGUAUCAAUGCAGUAUUUUUAUUUUUUCCAUUUUUAUUCAAACUUUUCAUGUUUAGUGAAAGACAACAUGGCAGUUGUCACUGUGGCAUUUCACAACAUAUUUUAAGUAAGUAGUAGUAAACCGUUGAGAGAGGAUAUAUAUUUGCUAUUUAAAGUAGUUAAAAUGUGACCCCUUGAUACAUGUGUAACAAGUAUAUGUGCUGUUUCAAUGCAUAUAUUUUUGCUUACUAUUUUCAAUAUAUUUAAAAUUGUAUGUCCAGCCUAUGUAAACCUGUGUACGUUGGUGAAUGCACUACCUAAGCUGAGAUCCUUCAGUUCUGAAACAGAGACGUAUCAUUUCAGAAAGCAUUGAACCACAGUGGGUUCCUGUGGAGUUCCUUCUUUCCUCUCCAGGCCCUACCACAGCAUGGGAUUGUGUUAGAAAUUCUUCCUGGGAAGUUCAGCGAGUGGGACAAUGUCCCAUUUUCUGUUAGUGGGAACCUUUUCUUCUACCAUUUCUGGAGACUUCUGCAGAUACAAGAGGGAAGAUGCGGUACAACAGGGUCAUGCUGAAGGGUGUAUCUCCAUUUAUACCCGACCCUGCCUUGGAUCUGGAAGGAAAGUUUAUUUAGUUUGAAAGACCUGGAGCCCCAGCCCCAACCUUUUGAGAGUCUGUUCCAGAGAAGCCUGAAAACAACUUUAUAGUUCAUCACUGCCUUAUCAGCCUGACUACAGGUUGGUGUUGAGUGUCAAAGCAGAUUUCUGAGUCCUGGAGCAGUAAAGACUUCACAGACAUCUGAUUUCAGGUCCCCAUGGAAGUGGCCUGUGGUACUUCCAUCAACUGGACUUUAUGGCUGGAGGCUUCAGUGGAGUUUGAUGGGAAUUUCUGAGACAAUUGUCUCAGUAAGAAUGUAUACAUCUAACUGUAUUGGGUUCUUUCAAAGAUUUGUGUUUAAUGUCUCAAAAUACACUUUGCCUUAUGCACAAUCAGAAGUAGUUGAGGCUUUUUUAAGACACAGCCUGAAAGAGCUCAUCCUUAGCUUUACUCUGGUCUUAAUCAUUUAAAGCAGCAGCAUUAGACUCUUCUCAAGUAUGUAUAGUGUAUAAGUUGUGUAUUGUAUGUAGCAAAAACCUUUAAAAUGUAGAGGUUUGCAUUGUGAUUAUCUUUACAAAUUAACAGUCUGUAAAUGUUUUAUGCUGUUAGAAAAGUGUAUAAGAACAAAGAAUUGUAUUUGAAUGAAAUAACUGUGAAAGAGAAUAGUAAAUAUGAAAUAAUUUCUACCAAAAAUGUUGAAAAGCAGUGCACUUAGAGAAGAAGAAAAAGCUAAACCAAGCUAAGCAUGAUGUAACUAUAUGGAUUGUAGAUACAGGCUGCAGGCUAUGUAGCUCUGUGAGAAAUAGACCUGGUGACAUUGCAUUGCCAUGGGCUUGAUUAGGUUUUUAGAUUUUACAUUGCUAUUGGGCUUUAUUGUGGAAGUUCUCCUCUGAAGCUGUGGCUUUUAAAACUGCAAACUAAAAUAUUUUUAUACUUGUGUUAGUUCCCAAAGUGGUGGCAUGUGGUAGCUUCCUUGCUGUUGUAGAACAGAUAUGCCUUAGGAACACAGUGGUUUGAGAAAACGUGUUGGCUGAAUCCACACCAACCCUCGUGUCAAGGAUGUUACAUGAUGCUUGCUAUAUAAGUGAAAAAUAAAUUU